CGCGUGGAGCUGGAGGGACUGUAUGGACAAUUGAAGGCCGCACUAGGUGAAGCUUGGGGUGAUUACAAGAUAGCAUUGGGACAAUUUGCUCUGGGAUCACUUAGCCAGGCAGAGCUAUCAUGGGUCCUGCAGCCACUGCUUUGUCCUCCAGCCGCGGCUGGAGCCCCUGCGGCCGAGACAGCAAAAACGACAACUUCUCCUCUACACCUACACAAUGCAUUUCUCAUUGCGCUGUAUGCGAACAGCAUGCGCGAUCCUCCCCCGAACGAGGUUGCGCCAUGGGUGGUCGCGACAGAUAAGCCGAGCAAUGCGGCUAAGAAUGCAGGUGCAGUGUCUGGAAUCAACGAUCAAGUGGAGGAGAGAUUAAAACGAGAGGUCAUGGCAUUGCACAAGCGAGAUCGAAAGCGCAUCAAAGGGUUGAGCAAGAAUGCCAAAACAGAAGACACAGGCUUGCAGGAGAUUCUUGAUUAUAUGCAGGAGUUGGCAGUGAAACCCCCUUCGCAAUCGCAGGCAAAUAAUGAAGGCGCAGGGCUGGGAAAGACGAAUUGGGAUAUCGAAAUCAGGCGGCGUUAUGCACAACCGCUUGCUUCAGAGACGCUGGAGUUUCCAACACUCAACGAGAUGCAAAACCGCAUCGAGCCCAUCUGUUUCGAGGAGGGCCUGACUGGGGGUGUACAACAAGGCUCUCUGCAGGGUGUAGCGGAGCUGGUUGAGAGAUCGGCCGAAGUUUUCAUCAAAGAGACGCUGAGCCGUCUGCUCAGCCACGCGCGCUCAAAUGCCGCCGACGGCAUGGGCGUGCAGACGAACAUGUUCAAAAGACAGUUACGCAAAGAGGAAUUAGCCCUUGAAAAUGGCACACUCCAACGCAAUGCUGCGGGAUUGCUCCCGGUGCAGAUGGACGCCCAGGUUCGAAAAGACCCCCUUACCGCCUACGAUCUGCGAUUAUCCAUGGGCUUAUGUGAC